GUUACGUCACUCAACGGCAAAUAUUCGCUUACAUACACUGACACCAUUAUUCCUUAAAAUACAAUAACAUGUCCACACUCAAGGAGCUCAACGGCCGUCUGUCCGACAAGCCAUAUGUAUCCGGGUUUUUACCCAGCAAGGAGGAUGCCAAGGUUUUCGAGGAGAUGUUCGGAUCGAACAUUAAUGUAGCCCAGUGGGCAGCCCGCAUGGCGUCUUACUAUCAAAGCGAACGUGACGCAUUGCUCAAGGGUGAGGAGUCUGAGAGCUCAAAGGAGGUGACGAAGGCAAAAGCCAAGGGUGAUGAUGACGAUAUUGACCUCUUCGGUGAGGCGACGGAGGAGGAGAAGGCAGCGCUGGACGCAAAAAAGGCCAAGGAUGCGGAGAAGAAAAAGGCCAAAGCCGCUCCCGUGGCAAAAUCUUCGAUUCUGUACGACAUCAAAGCUUGGGACGACACAGUCGACCUCGAAGCGCUUGCGGGUAAGCUGAAUGCUAUUCAACGGGAUGGUCUUAUCUGGGGCGACCACAAGCUCGUGCCGGUCGCGUUUGGUGUUAAGAAAUUGCAGCAGCUCAUUGUGAUUGAGGAUGAUAAGGUAUCCAGCGAUGACCUGGAGGAGAUGAUCAUGAGCUUCGAAGACGAAGUUCAGUCGAUCGAUAUUGUCGCCUGGAAUAAAAUUUAAACCUUUGAGACUUUGAAAGUAGUGAGGUUUUAAUGAGAUGAACUUUUCCUAAGAGCUUUUUAAAAUUAUUUCCCUCCUUAAUUAACGAGCAUCGCACCUUUUCCUUUUAUCAUUUUUAUCGAAUAUUAUGCCUUGAACUUGAUGAUGCAAUUUAAUAAAAAAUAGGAAUACCACCGUGAUAGUUAACCCCAGAAAAAAAGAAAUUGGAAAGGAUGUGAGAAUGCUUUACAGGCGUAUGGAGGAAAAUGAAGCAAAGAGGGCAUAUGAACUAAGAAAAGAAAAUAAUAUUAAAUAGAAAACAUAGGCAAGAGAUUUAAGGACAGAAUCUAUGGAUCUCAUAAAUAAA